AUGUCGACCUCCAUCAUCGAGGAUGCUCGCCAACAGGCCGAGGACAUUGACCACUAUGACCGCGCGCUCGCCGAUCUGCUCCUACAGCUCUCGUCGCCGGUGACGCUGACCCACCGCGACCGGCUCGCGACCUCGCACCGCGCCAAUGACCUCGUACAACGCAUCGUCCAUCGAUCAGAGACGCUCCUCACCGUCCUGGACGAAGCUAACCCCGAACGACAACGCGAGAUCGACGCUUUGGCCGGUGGGACUGAUCCUGAACCGGGGCAGGACCUCGCCGAGUUCUACUCGCGGCUGGCCAAGCUCAAGGAACACCAUCGCAAGUACCCCGAACGAUCCGCGACCACCACCACCAACACCCCUGCAACCAACCCGAACCGCGCCUCGUCGUCCGGCAUCGUCGAUUUCGCCGCUCUCGAACACGGCGACGAGGAAUGGCUCGACAACAAGUUCACCGGCGAGGAAGGGCUCGGUCGCUACCUCGAUCUCAACGCCCAGCACGAGCUCUACAACAACCUCUCGACCCAACCGAUCGGCACAUGGAAGCGCCUCAACUACCUGCAGUACCUCGCCAAGGUCGGCGAGGCCAAGUUCGACCUCCCGCUCUCGAUCAAGGCCACGCCCGAGUACUCGAAAUACCUCGCCAACCUGCUCGACUACCUUACCGGCUUCCACGAGCGCGCCUUCCCGCUCAAGGAUCUCGAGUCCGUUCUCACCAAUGCCGAUCGGCGCUUUGCUCAAGCAUGGGAACAAGGCGACGUGCCCGGCUGGAGUAACGCCACGAACGAAGAGGCGCACAACGGUCAGGCCGAGCAGGGCAUCUGGUGUGCAGCAUGCGAGUCCCUCAAAGAACAAGGGUAGCGUAGUACGGCUCCGAAAGCUGACACUGUGUGCGUGCGACCAACAGGCCAGAAGAACUACUCGAAAGAAACCGUCUACAACGCGCAUCUGACCUCCAAAAAGCACGUCAAGGCCGCCCAAAAGCUGUCCCACGAAGCAGCAUCCACCACCACCACCACCACCACUACAGCACCAACAUCCGAAACCGUCACUCCGGAAUCGUUGGCCAAACUACGGCAGCAAAAGAACCGGGCUUUGGCUCUGAAAGAAGCGCUCAUCGCCUCGCUCGUCGCUUCCAAAUCCCCCUUGCAAGACGAGGCAGGACCCCUGUCGCAACUCCUCGCUGAUACCUUGUCCAACACCGAACGUCGUGCUGCUCUCACGGACAAAGAGAGGGCGAACGAGAUUGAAGAACUCGAAGCUCGCGAAGCGGCCGAAGUCGCCGCUGCCUCGGCCGCCGCCCAAGCGAAAGGGAUCGCCGAAGGACGACUCCCCAUCUCCGGCCAAGACGACGACGAAGAAGAGCGCAUCUACAACCCUCUCAAACUACCUUUGGGCUGGGACGGGAAACCCAUCCCUUUCUGGUUGUACAAGUUGCACGGAUUGGGCGUCGAGUACAAGUGCGAGAUCUGCUCGGAUUACGUUUACAUGGGACGAAAAGCGUUCGAGAGACAUUUCCAGGAGUCGAGGCAUGCGUUUGGGAUGAGGGCCUUGGGGUUGCCGAAUACGAAGCACUUCCAUGAGAUCACCAGGAUCGAGGAUGCGAUCGCUUGUAAGUUGGCACCAUUGUUGGUACCGCAACUUGGACACAGUUCACUGACAACAACUCAUUUCCUUGACAGUGGCCGAGAAGCUGAAGCAGGAAGGCAAGCAAGAAAUCCAACAGGUCGAACUGACGGAGGAGCUCGAGGACGACGACGGCAACGUGUACAACCGAAAGGUGAGGUUUUGUCCAGUCUGGACCUCGUGUCUCCUUUCUGGCCUCUGACAUUCUUCGCUCCCUUCCUGCUUUUCGACAGACAUACGAGGACUUGAAGCGACAAGGGCUGUUAUAA